AUGGUUGGACAUGGUGUAUCUGGCAUGCUGGGUGAAGAUGGCAUCCAUGUCGACAUGAACCACCUGAAGAGUGGAGAGGUCAACUUGGGAACCUCGAUCAUGGCAAUCAACUUCAAGGACGGUGUCAUUCUGGGCGCUGAUAGUCGAACAACUACCGGAGCGUACAUUGCCAACCGAGUGACGGACAAAUUGACACAAGUGCACGACACCAUCUGGUGUUGCCGAUCGGGCUCCGCCGCCGACACCCAAGCCGUUGCGGAUAUCGUCUCCUACCAUCUGAACAUGUACGGUGUGGUCAACAACGAGGCACCUAGCACCCAGGUUGCUGCGUCGCUUUUCCAGGAAUUGUGCUAUGAGAACAAGGAUAUGCUGAGUGCGGGUAUCAUUCUUGCAGGAUAUGAUCCUCGACACGGAGGUCAGGUGUACUCGAUACCUUUGGGAGGAUCCCUACACAAGCAGUCGUUUGCAAUUGGUGGAUCUGGCUCGACCUACAUCUACGGAUAUACCGAUGCACACUGGCGUGAGCAGAUGACAGAGGAAGAAGGUAUUGAAUUUGUGCGCAGUGCCCUGCAAGAGGCGAUCAAAUGGGAUGGUAGCUCCGGUGGUGUGAUUCGUAUGGUGGUUCUGACUAAGAAGGGCGCCGUGCGGCACUUGUACCUGCCAGACAAUGGCUACACUGGGCCUGGAGUGACAAAUUAA